AUGGCCCCGCGUCGCGGUGCAGAGGAAAAUAAAGCUCUCAAAUUCAGCCGACCACUUUCAUGGCACGCUGGGAAAGCGAUACUGACCAGCGAGCUAUUAAAAAGACUUGAAGAACUGCUGGUUGAGUUAAAAAUACUGGGCGAAGAACAGGAAGAAGUACAUAAAGAUUCUCUGACCAAAGUAGCAAAAGAUCUUGCUAGUCAGCAUUUAUUAUGUCACAAAGAUAAAGGAGUACGCGCUUUCACUGCAUGUUGCUUGGUUGACAUUUUGAAAAUUUGCGCCCCAGAUGCGCCUUUCACUCCAUCCCAGCUCAAGGGAAUUUUCAAUCUUUUCAUCGCUAGUAUUUUACCAGCCCUCUCAAAUCCAUCACAUGCAUACAAUCCUCAACACAAAUAUGUCCUAGCAUCACUUGCGGAAGUUAAGAGUGUCGUCUUACUCUGCGAUAUUCCGAGCUCUGAUUCGCUUCUAAUACGUUUGUUUAGCAGUUUUUUUGAUAUGAUCUCAGGCUCUUCGAAUUUUUCGAACUCUGAACAGAUUCCCAAAGAUGUUGAGUUCAAUAUGGUGCAGAUUCUAGUUAUACUUGUGGAUGAGGCUCAGAGCUUACCAUCAGGUGUCAUUGACGUUAUUGUUGCUCAAUUUUUACGAGCAUCCUUUUCCGGUGAUCAAAAAAGUAACACAAAGAAUAAGAAAGAAAAUGAUGAAAAGCAGUUGAAUCUCAUGAUGAAGGAGCUCCCAGCCGCCUACAACAUGGCCAAAACAAUAUGUAACUCUUGUCCCGAAAAAAUGGCCCGCUACGUAAGUCAGUACUUCAACGAGGUCAUAAUGGAGAUCUUGAAUGGAACCCCAGGACUUAAUGGACCUCAGAAAACAAGUGUUCAUUCAGCAGAAAUGGAGGAUGAUGAUACUCCUGCUGGACCCACGGAAGCUGACAUAAAAGAGCUACAAAAAGCACAUAACCUCCUUCGAGAGCUAUGGCGUGCGUCGCCUCCCGUCCUUCAGAACGUAAUACCUCAAUUGGAGCAAGAGUUAUCUGCAGAUGAUGUUCAACUAAGGUUACUAGCAACUGAAACUCUGGGGGAUAUAAUCUCUGGUAUUGGCGCUGCUGGACCGCCUAUAACCCCCCCAAUGGAUCCGGCAGUCUACCCUCCGCUUACGCUUGACAGUCAACCUCAAUACACUACGUCAGAAAGUAUUCUAUUAACGCCUAUAUCACCGCAGUCAUUUGCACAAACAUACUCCCACGUAUACCGAAGCUUUGCAAGCAGAAAAAACGAUAAAUCUCCAAUAAUUAGAUCUGCAUGGGCAACUGCGGUCGGAAGAAUUAUCACCACAUCAGCAGGUGGAAUUGGCUUGAGUAGUAACGAGGAAAAAGUCUACGUUAAAGGUCUCGCCGAAAAAUUGAACGAUUCUGACGAGAGAGUUAGGCUUUCCGCUGUGAAGGCAGUCGGAGAUUUUAGCUUCCGCGAUAUAAUGUCUAAACUAGCUCCUUAUGGUGGUGUCAAUAUCUCUGGCUCUGUAUUGGGUAGCCUUGCAGAUCGUGCGCGUGACAGAAGGCAUGGGGUUAGAACGGAAGCUAUGAAAGUUCUCUGUCGUUUGUGGGGUGUUGCAACUGGCGAGAUGAUGGCAGGUAAUAGGGCUGUAAUCGAAGAUCUAGGUGCGAUUCCAACGAAGGUAUUCGAUGUCUAUUAUGCAAACGAUCCUGAGCUUAAUGUCCUUCUUGAUAACUCAUUGUUUGAACAACUCAUCCCACUUACUUACGCGUCAGGAAAAUCCAAGGUUAGGAACACAAGAUCCUCAAAAGAAGAGACAAACAAAAACGAAUCUGUCAAUACUGACAAAGCUCGAACCGAACGGAUACUACUGAUGGUUAAGUCCUUGGAUGCUAAAUCUAUAAAGGCAUUCUUUGCUAUGCAGGCUCGGCAAACCUCUUAUGCUAAAGUACUCGAGGCAUUCUUAUCUUGCUGUGAAGAUUACAACGGAGGUGUAUGCGUUAAAGAUAUCGCUGAAGUCAAGGCAAAGAUGGAACUACCAAUCAAGUGGUUUGCAAAGUUACUUCCAGACUCUCAAAAAGUGCAUCAAGACCUACUCAAAUUCUCAAAGUUGCACGAACGACGAUCAUACCAACUUCUACGUUUUGCUAUGGACCCAAGAAGUGAUUUUAACACUGUGCAUAAAGCUAUUAAGGAGCUCCAAAAACGGGUUCAAGCAAACAAUACGGCACCUGCCGGGCUACUUGAGACUCUUACUCCAAUUAUUUAUAGGUCAGCUUGUCUAAUAUACAACAGGAGCAAUCAGCCAAUACUCUUACAGUUUGCUAGAACUAACGAGCAUGGAUUUGGUCCAACUGCUAAUCUUAUUAUCCAGGAAAUUUCAGAAAAGCACCCAGAGAUAUUUCGUGCCAGUCUUGUAGAGCUUUGUAAGCUUAUCACUACUAAUGCUCCUAGUAAGACUAAAGCCAAUGAUAUCUCCGUGGUGGAAACACUUAAAUCACUUGCGUCUUUCGCUAAGUCUGAUGGAAAGUACAUUCCAAGCGACAAGAACUUUAUAGAAGCACUGCUAGACUUUGCCUUGUAUGGGAUACCCCACAAGGCAGCUAAGUACGCAGUAAUAAUAUUAGCGGCUUGCACGGAUCGUAAAGAGAUGUACAUGAAGGAUUUAAUGGAUCAAUCUUUGAAUGAUUGGGAAUACGCAUCCAGUCAUUUGUUAACGAAGCUUGCAACCAUUAAUCAAUUGGCAGCUCUAGCGCCAACAGUUGUUCAGGAGUCUAGUGAAGAAAUACUAGAUAUCACACGUCAACUACUUCUGGAGACUCGAACAGAAAAUUCAAAUAAUGAGAUUGUCUGGCAGGAUGAUCAUCAGCUCGACGAAGAAUGCCAAGCCAAGGUUAUAGCUGUCAAAAUUCUUGUCUCCCGUCUACAGAGUGUCAGACAUGACGAUGUGGCAGCCAAGGCUUUUGCGGCGCCUGUUUUUAGACUCCUGAACUCACUCAUUGAGAAGAAGGGAGAAAUUACCAGAACUGGUACAACGCCUGAGCAUCAUAGAGCAAGAUUGAGACUCCUAGCGGCUCAGCAGGUGGUAAAGCUUUGCACCAUUGAAACUUUUGAUAAGUUCCUAACCCACCAGGGAUUCUACAACCUAAGUUAUGUCGCUCAAGAUCCACUUGAGGAUGUCCGUCGAGGUUUUGUCAGCAAAUUACAAAAAUAUCUUGUCAGGAAUCUAUUAACGCACCGAUUUCUCACUAUAAUUUUUAUCACAGCAUUUGAGCCAUCUAUGGACUUCCGUAGUUCUAUAAUAACAUGGAUCCGAUGCCGAGUCAAGGUAACUCAUGAUGCUAAGAAAACUACUUUCGAAGCAACAUUUCCUCGCUUAAUUCAUUUAUUGGCACAUCAUCCUGAUUACAGCUCGGCCCCCGACGAAUUAAUCGACCAUGCUAGAUAUAUUUUAUACUAUAUCACUACCGUUGCAUCUGAAGAUAAUCUUCCUCUCAUCUAUAAAUAUUCGCAGCGGGUAAAGCAAGCUAGAGAUGCAUUCCCUGAAGCAGAUUCAAACAAACUUUACAUCCUCUCCGAUUUAUCGCAGGCUCUCAUCAGAAAGUGGGAAGAAAAAAAGGGAUGGAGUAUGCAGAGUUGGCCAAAACAAGUUGGAUUACCAAUUGGUUUAUUUACGGGGCUUCCUAGUCACGAGGUGGCACAACAAAUUGCGGAAAAAAUGUACAUGCCUGAGGAGUUAGAUCCUCUCCUUGAUGGGUUGGUCAGAGAUGUUGAUCGGAAAAAGAAGCGAAAAAUUGAUGACCUUGUCCCUUCCAAUCUACCGAAGAAGAUGAAGCCAGAUAAGUCUAUCCAAACAACUCCAGUCAAAAAAGAACGUCAAAUGAACGGAAAAAAGAAGACACCCAGACCUCGAAAGGAGCGCCUGGCACCUCAGAUAUUGAACACGGAAGAAAGGCGUAGAAGUGGCCGUUCUACAAAGGAGAGAAAAGGGUAUGAGGAAAGAGAUAGUAGCGAAGAUGACGAAGAGAUGUGGGAAGGGGUUGCUGAGUGGGAGUACAUACCGAGGAAUAAAAUAUCACAAAAAAAGGUAGACAAAACGAAUACAGACCAUAGCCCACCAAUUCCAAACGAAGAGCUUACCCCUCGUAAAAAUGAGACAAGCCGUCGUUUACGAUUUACUUCUCGCACGGCUAAUUUAAGAUGA